AAGUGCGAACAACAAUAAAUUUUCAAUACGUUGCACGAGGCGCCGCCAUCAGUUAACGAGAAAAGUUCUACAAAAUGGUUAUUUCCCUCGUGUUGCUAGCAGUGAUGGUGCAUCUGGGUGCAUCCGAGUCGGACAAAUACUGCCAGAGCAGUGCCUGCCCCGGGGCACUCCCAAAUGUGGGAUGUGGUUGCAAAGAGUCCACCUAUGGGCCUCUGUGUGAUGGUAAAAAUGCCCAAAAAAUUGACCUGGACGACAAGUUGAAGGCACUGAUUCUGGAUGAACACAACGUACGCCGCAACGCAUUGGCUUGCGGAACGAUAAAACCACAUCCGCCGGCCGCCAAAAUGAUUGAAUUGACGUGGAACGAUGAGCUGGAGUUCCUGGCCGAGUGCAACACGAUGAAAUGUGUUUAUGGCCACGAUUCGUGUCGCAGCACGAGCGAGUAUCCAUUUGCCGGGCAGAACAUUGCGUCCAAAUUGGUUUGCGGCAGAACACCAUUGGCGGUGGAAGGAAUGAUUGUUGACAGUGUCGAUGUGUGGUUCCAGGAAUACAAGAACACCACUCCGGCCAUGACUGAUUCCUACCCAGAAGGGAAAGUGCCCGGCGGUCCCAUCGGACACUUCACCCAGCUGGUCAAUGACAUGGUACAGUGUAUCGGGUGCAGCUACAUUACGUACGAGGAGCAGCGUGAAAAUAAGAAAACAUGUCAGAGGCACUAUCUCGUUUGCAAUUACUCGUACAGUAAUUUCAUCGGGGAGAAAACCUACACCAAGAGCCAGAAGCCCGCAGUGGAGUGCUAUUCUCGUGCCAGUAAACACUCCUGUUUGUGCAGCGGAAAAUAGCUUUUCCAACUAGACCAACAAGUGGGACAACAUCGUGCUGCUGCUGUUCCAGUUAAAGACAAACUGCAACUGAUAGCAAUCAGGGUCAUGAUUUGCCACUAAUGUGUUAGCGAGAAACUUCUGAAAAUUGGAAAGUCAUAGAAACUAUAGCACAUAUCGUACAAUAUUGAAUAAAAUCCCAUACUACAA